AUGGCUGCUCAAAGUUCACAAGGAAUUACAACUUUGUUAGAAGCUGAAAAGGAGGCUGCGAAGAUUGUUCAAAAAGCUAGAAAUUAUCGUGUUCAACGCUUGAAAGAGGCUAGAACAGAAGCUAUAAAGGAAAUCGAAGCUUUAAAGGCUCGAAAAAAUGCUGAAUUUCAAGCAUUUGAAGCAGAACAUGCUGGAUCUUCUGAUCAAUCAGUUGCUUUAGUAGAAGCAGAAACUGAAUCAAAACUUGUAUCUAUUAAAGAAGCUUUUGAAAAUAAAAAAUCAGGUGUAAUGGAAAAUUUGUUGUCUGCUGUAACUAACGUUCAACCUAAAAUUCAUAAAAAUCUUAGAGCUGCUUAG